GGACAACAAAAUUGAGACUCUAAUUUCGUACUAAACCUUGAUCUAUUGAAUGUGUCUGGUGAGAAACAUUUGAGGAUCAAAGAAAUAAGACAUAUGGGAGACAUCGAUCCAGCUUUUAUACAAUCGAAAGAACAUCGUCCUAAGUCGAAGGUAGUGGAAACUGGUGAAAUUCCAAUCAUAGACCUCUCAGAGAGGAGUGAGAAAUUACUUGUCUCAAAGAUUGGCGACGCGUGUGAGGAGUGGGGAUUCUUUCAAGUAAUAAAUCAUGGGGUUCCCUCUGAACUCAACAGAAAGGUUGAGUUUGAGGCCAAAAAGUUCUUUGAGAAGAGCUUAGAGGAAAAGAAGAAAGUGAAAAGAGAUGAAGUAAAUGCAAUGGGGUACCAUGAUGGGGAACACACCAAGAAUGUUAGAGACUGGAAAGAGGUAUUUGAUUAUCUUGUUCAAAACACUGCACAAGUUCCAUCUUCUCACGAGCCCCAUCACUUUGAACUCAGGACUCUCACCAACCAGUGGCCACAAAACUCUCCUCAUUUCAGGGAAACAUUGCAGGAGUAUGCUCGAGAGGUGGAGAAGCUAGCUUACAAGUUGUUGGAGUUAACUUCAUUGAGCUUGGGUUUGGCUGGUGACAAAUUCCAUGGUUGCUUCAAGGACCAACUCAGCAUGGUGAGGCUCAAUUACUAUCCUCCAUGCCCAUUCCCUGACCUGGCACUUGGUGUUGGUCGCCACAAGGAUUCCAGUGCUUUAACUGUGCUUGCCCAAGAUCAUGUUGGAGGCUUACAAGUUAAGAGAAAAUCAGAUGGUGAGUGGAUUCCGGUUAAACCCACCCCAAAUGCACUUAUUAUCAAUGUGGGCGAUAUAGUUCAGGUUUGGAGCAAUGACAAGUACGAGAGUGUGGAACACAGGGUGGUGGUGAACACAGAAAGGGAAAGGUUUUCAAUUCCAUUCUUCUUCUUUCCAUCUCACCAUGUUAUGGUAAAGCCAGUGGAGGACCUGAUAAAUGAGCAAAAUCCUGCAAGAUAUAGAGAAUACAACUAUGGUAAGUUCUCUGCUAAUAGAAAUCGUAGUGAUUUCAAGAAGCGUGAUGUGGAGAAUAUCCAAAUCCAUCACUUCAAGAUAUUGGAUUAGCUGUUUGGAUUGGCAUUCCCAAUAUUUUUCAUGUUAGAGAAUAACAAGUUGAGCUAGUUCCAUCGUUUCAAAACCAAAUAAAACUCUCUUCGUUUUAUGUCAAUUAAUAAUAAAAUGUCGAAAUCUUGUUCUAUUCUAAUUUGUUUUCACACCCCAAUUCUCCAAAGCGGAAUCGAAUCAUCAACUGAUCAUUGAGUAAGGUCUGUUUUAAUCUUCAAAAUUUUCUUCUAUGUU